CUUGAUCAUCCUGGCCUCGUCCAGGUUCACGAAUCACGUCAAUUCUACUGAACGGGCCUCCACCCUCGUAAUCACAUACAUUGUCAGGCACAAAUAGCUCACCCCAUCCACACUGGAAUUGUGGACAUAGUUGGAGCUCCGCCCUCUUAGAAAACAGAACACACCGCUGUGAGCUUGUCGUAGUUGUGGUAACUGUGCCUUGCGCUGAAGUUCUGUGGUUUAGAUAUCCUUGCGAGGAGGGAGUUUGUACCGCCAGCGCUAUGGCCAUGGCUACUGCACUGCUUCGCCUCGCAAGGGCUCAGGGGCAGCAAUUGCAGCGUACAUUGCAGCAAGCACCGGCUGUCGCCACCGCUAGCUUCCGCUUCGCCACCUCCGCAGCUGCUGCAGAGGACCCUACCUCCUCCAAAGCGCAUGUGACGUGGCCGAAGCAACUGAAUGCCGACAUCUCCGAGGUUGACCCCGAGAUUGUCGACAUCAUCGAACAUGAGAAGAACCGUCAAUACAAGGGUCUGGAGUUGAUCCCAUCAGAAAACUUCACCUCCCUCUCAGUUAUGCAGGCAGUGGGGUCAGUCAUGACCAACAAGUACAGUGAGGGUUACCCCGGGGCUCGUUACUACGGUGGCAACGAGUACAUUGAUAUGGCUGAAAGAUUGUGCCAAAAGAGAGCACUUGCUGCUUUCCGUCUCGACCCCGAGAAAUGGGGAGUGAACGUGCAGUCCCUGUCUGGAUCGCCAGCAAACUUUCAGGUGUACACAGCUCUCCUGAAGCCACAUGAGCGGAUCAUGGCGUUGGAUCUUCCUCAUGGUGGCCACUUGUCUCAUGGAUAUCAGACUGAUACAAAGAAGAUUUCAGCCGUUUCCAUUUUCUUCGAGACUAUGCCCUACAGACUGAACGAGUCCACAGGUUAUAUCGACUAUGAUCAGAUGGAGAAGAGCGCAACACUCUUCAGACCAAAGUUGAUAGUCGCUGGUGCUAGUGCUUAUGCCCGCCAUUACGACUACGCUCGCAUGCGCCAGGUUUGUGACAAGCAAAAGGCGAUUCUGCUCGCCGACAUGGCCCAUAUCAGUGGACUUGUAGCAGGUGGCGUUGUCCCAUCUCCCUUUGACUAUGCCGAUGUUGUUACCACCACGACUCACAAGUCUCUCCGGGGACCUCGAGGUGCGAUGAUCUUCUACCGUAAGGGUCUGAAGGAGACAACCAAGAAGGGUGAACAGGUGUUCUACGAUUAUGAAGAUAAGAUCAAUGCAUCCGUUUUCCCUGGACUUCAGGGAGGUCCCCACAACCAUACCAUCACUGGUCUUGCUGUUGCCCUGAAGCAGGCUGCUACUCCCGAAUUCAAAGCUUAUCAGGAACAAGUUUUGAGGAACUCAGCACAUUUUGCUAAGGCUUUGAUGGGCCGGGGUUACGAGCUGGUGUCCGGUGGAACAGAGAACCACUUGGUUCUUGUUAACCUCAAGCCCAAGGGUGUGGACGGUUCAAGGGUGGAGCGAGUGAUGGAGCUUGCCCACAUUGCAGCAAACAAGAACACUGUUCCAGGAGAUGUGUCUGCAUUGGUACCUGGAGGUAUCCGUAUGGGAACCCCGGCUUUGACAAGCAGAGGGUUUACCGAGGAAGAUUUUGAGAAGGUUGCUGAGUACUUCGACCGUGCAGUGGAGAUCGCCGUGAAAGUCAAGAAGUCCACAGGUACGAAGUUGAAGGACUUCAGGAACGUUGUCGACACCGACCCUGAGGUUCAGGCUGAAAUUGGAAAGUUGAAGCACGAGGUGGAAGAGUUCGCGAAGCAAUUCCCCACUAUUGGUUUCGAGAAGUCGUCAAUGAAGUACAAGAACUAGAUCCGCAGUCGUUGUAUAAAUGGAAAUUAGCUCACUUUACAUUUGUCUGUUGACGAAUGCGUAAGCAUGGUAGCUCAUCCUAGUUUUGUUGUGAAUUCUUGAAUGAACGGGGUUUGUUAGUGAAACAUUGGCAACUCUGUUAAGUUCUGCUUGAUGGGCAUUUUCCUUUGGCUUUCUCAGGAACAGCCCGAGUAAUACUGUAAUCCAUGUAAACUGAAAUGAAGAUAUACUACCUUUUGAAUAGA